AUGGCCAUUUUGUGCUGUCGACUUCAUGGCCAGUGCCACAUGGAUUUGAGGUGGUUUAAUGCUAAAAGUUGCGAGGUCAGCACAAUUCCCAACCCUCUGGCCACAGAUGAAAUGAAACAGCUUGCUAAACUCAUGGGUGGAAUGGAAGUGCUGAAACUGUUGAAUAUGGGCAAUGCUUUCAGAGUGAACAUGUUAGCCUUUGACCAGGAUGAGUCUUCCAGUGGAAUUUCAGAAGGGACGGAACAACAGACAUCCCGAGUCAUUAACAUGAAAGCGACUCAGGAUCAUCUCGCCUGUUGUGAGCUGGCACACAUAGCAGGAGCGUUUACUGGAGAGGGAGAACAGACAGAUGGACACUUGAACAAAGGAGAUGACCUGCUGGCCAAGAUGGAUGACCUCUGA